CAGGGGCCUAACAUGCCAAAGGCGGUUUGAUUCACCGGCGUUUACCUGAAAAACAACCCUACCUGAGGGACGAGGAAGGCGGAAUGUACUCCAACUCACAGACAGCCAGAUACCCGGCUCAGGCACUGUCACUGAACAGUCAGUACAUCCCGCCAACAUAUGACUUCACCGCAUACCAUCACGUCUCAGGAGUCGGUGACCCUUCCACAAGCGCCUGGAACUCCGUCUACGCUCCCCGGGAGGACUAUCCGUACAGCUUCCCGGGGUCAAGCCCCAGCGCCGGCCAGGUCAACUUCUCCUCCCCGGAGCUGAGCGGCACGCCCACCCCCGCCGGAGUGGGGUCGUUCAACCCGUACAACUUUAUUUCCGGACAGGACCCCUUCACUUCCAGAAGGAGACCCCAAGAGUCUGUCAGACCGCCCGUUUCAGGUGGGAAAUACAGGUCAUAAUAUUGACUUUUACAGUGCCACCAUUUUGAUGUGAUAAAUUCCCAUGUGCUAAAUAUAAAAUAACACGAAUAAAUAUAUUAUUAGAGGCUUACAUUUUUCAAAAACAAAAUCUGAAUGUAAGAUUUCAGGUGUUUGUAUUGAUGUUUAGAUUUUCUUCUGAUACCUUGACUAGAAGGUAUUAGAGAUGAAUAUCUGCCAGUAUUGAGUAUGUUUGUUUGUGGAAAAAAAAAAAAAAAAAACUUUAUUUUUAUUGACAUGAUAAUUUACCUGACAACAUGUUGAUUCUUCUCUACACACAGUUGAUCAUUUUUUGGUUUUCCAAUUGCAAGUCAAUGGACGAAUCUUACACUGAUGUUUAUUAGCUGCCAAAGAAAUUACCCUGUUUUGUUGUUCAUCAUCAUGUGACAUUAAAAAUUCAAACCAGCUUAUUGACGGCAGAAAAGCAUAGAAUAAUGUACAUGAAAUGGUAUAAGGGCAAACAGAAAAUAUGUACUGUAGAUGUUUGAAUACAUGAGCUCUGCUUUAUCUCAAAAUUCAGGAAUAUUAAAUCUCAAAUGAAGUCGUAGUAAUCUUGAUGAAACUAAUAUUCAAACAAACACGACCCAUAUAAAAUACAACCUUGGUGUAGUCACAUGACAAAUCAAACCUUAGUGGUUGUGUAGUUGCUUCAAUAACUAACAUUGAGAAACACAUUGGUUAACACCAUUUCUACAUUUACACUUAGCAAAGUUAUUUUUUCUGCACACAUGCUUUCUUCAAGCUUUAGCCUCUCCCUUCCGCCAGCAUGGUGUGAGGUGUCGGUGCAAAGCUAACAAAGUUGGCCGCCAAGUCUGCAGAAAUGUCGCUCCCCACCCUCUCUGUCCACUGGGUGGGUGCUUAACGGUGACAGGCCAGAUAACACAGGGACUACAGGAAGUCUGCACGAGUCUACCUGAAUCUUACCUGAAAGGAAACACUCAAGUUUAACUCACAAGUGCCUGUGUGUGUGUGUGUGUGUGUGUGUGUGUGUGUGUGUGUGUGUGUGUGUGUGUGUGUGUGUGUGUGUGUGUGUGUGUGUGUGUGUGUGUGUGUUGGUUUGUCUGAAUCAAUGCUGUCACAUGGGCAAAAUUUCCAAUCAAUAACUCUGACUCAACUUUCCUAAGAGUGUGUGCGUGAGCAUACACAUAAAUAAAUGACUGUGUUCACCCCUGUGUACACACCACUCACAGUGAUAAGGAGAACCACUGAUGCAAUGUAGUGGUUAGUAUUUACAUUAGUUAUAGUUAACAUGAUUGAUAGAGUUGAUGAGGCUUUGAGUGGCGCCUGAGCUCAAAUGUGGCACCAGGCAUCUUAGAAGUAGUCAUAUAUUUGUUCAAAACUCUUAAUACACCUGGCUCACUUACAUAAUGACCUGUGCUUGUUUGUCAUAAUGGGGUUUAAGAAAUAGAUAAGGGAAUAGAUGACACACUUCUUUUGUUAAUUCAGUCAGACGUCUAUACUUGCCCGUAUUGUUUGGCUAAAUCGGGGUCGUUUUGUGUACUUCAGGAGGAAAGACUCGCACCAAAGACAAAUACAGGGUGGUGUACAGUGACCAACAGCGCCUGGAGCUGGAGAAGGAGUUUCAGCACAACCGCUACAUCACCAUGAGGAGGAAGAGCGAGCUGUCAGUGACACUGAACCUCUCAGAGAGACAGGUGAAGGCAAAUGAAAGUCUGAGGAAGGAGGGUAACAUACAGUUACAUAGGUGUUGAGAAUUAAAAGGACCAGACAUGAGAAAAAACUGAAACUGAAAAAAACUGAAAGGGAUGCAUAAGAUCAGUUUAAGAAUGUAAAAGAUGGCUUAAUCUUUAAAGGGUAAUAAUUUCAGUUAAGUGCAAGAUGGACAAGAUGGACAACUGCUAUAACAGAACAAGAUCUUGCAGCUCCUGCCAAAGCUAAAAGAGAAAACCAUUCUCCUAUCUUAAGAUUCAAAUCAUAUGACCGUUGCUAAACAGCACCCAUUGAAGCCACAGGCCACCAUGAGAGAUAUCAGUAUACUCACCACAAACCUUAGGGUGUUUUUGAUUGGGGGAGAGUUGGUUUUAUUUCUCAUGCGAACUAACUCUUGACGUGUGAAAGUGUUAGACGUGUUUAUUCAGCUCUGGUCAGCACCCAGUUCAUACAUGAUUUGGUGAAAGUAAUCCUCUCCUCUCCUGCCACAUUUCCUUUUUCUCUCUUAAGUUGUUCUUUCAAAUGAAAAGCCCAAAAUGUAAUUAAAAAAAAAAGGCUUUAAUGUGAUCACCGUUUAAAAGUUGUGUUAUCUCAAGCUGACAGCUACACUAAAAACAAUGAAAAGAUUUAAAAUAAUACAACUAUGAGUUCUUUCUUGUGAGCAGUUUAAGGAAAGGUCUCUGCAAAUAAAAUCAUGCAUAUGUUUCUUUAUUUAGAAGGCUAUUUCUGGCUAUUUUCUUUUUUAUAUAUGUAUGUGUGCAUUCAAGAGUUAUAGUCUAGUAAUGUUUCUAUGUUUUUAUUCUGUGCCCACUGUAAUUUUUUACAUCAAAUAUCUAAAAAAAAGUAUAAGAAAAAUGUCUUUGUACCGUCCUGUACUUCUCUUGCCUUCAUGUUAUAAGGGAAUAAUUUCAUCACCUCUUGCUCAGCUCAGAGAGUCCUCCAUUAGUCCAUUUUGCAGAAAAUGGCUUUCAAAGAAACUGAAGAAACCUCUGAACAUAAACCAUAAUGUUAUGAGGCCUAAACAAACAUCUUUCAUAAGUGGUGUUGAUGGUAAAAAAACCACAGUCUUACUCUAAAGAUGUUAUCGCGUCAUCAUUUUUCGCCUUCUCAUCUUGCUUGUCAAACCCACAGUUGAGUGCAAGCCAGUUAUUCAAGAAAAGACAGCAAUUACUUUACUAAAGUAGGGCAGAAAAGAGAGGACACAAAAAAACUGAAUCGUUGCCAUUGAUCAUCCUCUGGAGACAGAAAAAUAACCUGAUGAAAACAGGCAAAGUGAUGAAGAAAACUGUGUUUGUUUUGGUGUGCAGGUGAAGAUCUGGUUUCAAAACAGACGUGCCAAAGAAAGGAAGAUAACGCGGAAGAAGCUGCAGCACUCUCAGCAGGCCUCCACCACGACACCCACCCUGCCUGUGCUAAGCGGACCCUCUGACACCCACAUCCCUACCAGCCCCAGCAGCAACAUUUUGUCCGACACAGUACCAGAGGAAUACUAAGAUUUGUUAUCAAAGACUGAUACUGCAAAAUAUCUACCAAGUAUUUGUUGAUGUUUUUUGUUUUUUUAAGUGUCACAGAAUAAAUGAUAAUGAUUCACUUCAGCGGGUAAAAACGCAGGACUUCCUGCUUUUUGAAAUAAGAAGCAUCGCAUGCUAGUUGCACUGAUCCACCCUACUAAACAUUCGCAGAG